GUGCUGAUACACGAGUUUGUCACAGGCGGUCCAAAACAUUACAGUUACAUGUUACAAACAGGCGACACAGAAUGCAAAAUACGAGGCUUCACCCUGGAUGAACAAGGCAGUGCAUUGCUAAAUUUUGAAUCCAUGAAACGUCACAUUUUAACUGAAAUCAAGGACCCGGAGGAGGAACGAAGAACUAUUGCAGUACCUGUUAGCAUCAACUUUGACACAAACUGGACCACCAAGAAAAUCUGUCUAACCCCCAAAGUCAAGAAAUACGGCCUUGUGUUUGACAAGCGUGUAAUAAAAAUAGAGGACUUUAGCAGCAGACCUUAUAGCUAUGAAUGGAUAGGCGAGACGCUUGAACUGUGA